AUGGCCAGAGAAGAUUCCGUGAAGUGCCUGCGCUGCCUUCUCUACGCCCUCAAUCUGCUUUUUUGGUUAAUGUCCAUCAGUGUGCUGGCAGUUUCUGCUUGGAUAAGGGACUACCUCAAUAAUGUUCUGACGUUAACUGCAGAAACAAGGGUAGAGGAGGCUGUCAUCUUGACUUAUUUUCCUGUCGUUCACCCAGUCAUGAUUGCUGUUUGCUGCUUCCUUAUCAUCGUGGGGAUGUUAGGAUACUGUGGAACCGUGAAAAGAAAUCUGUUGCUUCUUGCAUGGUACUUUGGAAGUUUGCUUGUCAUUUUCUGUGUGGAACUGGCUUGUGGUGUUUGGACAUAUGAGCAGGAAAUUAUGGUCCCGGUUCAGUGGUCAGACAUGGUCACUUUGAAAGCCAGAAUGACAAAUUAUGGCUUACCUAGAUACCGGUGGCUUACUCACGCUUGGAAUUUUUUCCAGAGAGAAUUUAAGUGCUGUGGAGUGGUGUACUUCACUGACUGGCUGGAAAUGACCGAGAUGGACUGGCCCCCGGAUUCCUGUUGUGUUAGGGAAUUCCCAGGAUGUUCCAAACAGGCCCACCAGGAAGAUCUCAGUGACCUUUAUCAAGAGGGUUGUGGGAAGAAAAUGUAUUCCUUCUUGAGAGGAACCAAACAACUACAGGUGCUAAGGUUUCUGGGUGUCUCCAUUGGCGUGACACAAAUCUUGGCCAUGAUUCUCACCAUUACUCUGCUCUGGGCUCUUUAUUAUGAUAGAAGGGAGCCUGGGACAGACCAGAUGAUGUCUCUGAAGAAUGACACGACUCAGCACCUGUCAUGUCACUCAGUGGAACUGUUGAAACCCAGCCUGUCGAGGAUCUUUGAACACACAUCGAUGGCAAACAGCUUUACUACACACUUUGAGAUGGAGGAAUUGUAGAGAAUGUCCAAGAAGGAAACCACAAAUUCAUUUUAUUGGACUUGUGAAUUUUUGAGCAAACACUUAUCUGUUUCAGAAAUGUGUAGAAAUAAAAAUGUGGCCAUAAAGGAAUGACUAAGCAUAGAAUUUUCUACCCUUUAAAAUAAAGAGGGAAAAUUCCAUUUUAUAAGUCACCCCGGACAAUGGUUGAUGCCCUUUAUAAUGCUGAGGACAGAUCUAAUACCCACUUUAUAGCCUGUAUAAGAUUUUUACUGAACACAAUUAUGCUUUGAGGCUUAGACUUUGGCAUAGUUUGACCAACAUUUCUGAAGCCAUGUAAACAAGUUAAGCUAUGGUGGAUUUGGGGCUACAGUAAAGUUUUAUUUACUUCCAUAAACUUGCUAGUAUAUCAAGUAGCAAUGAACUUCUAACAUGGGAAAUUAGGCAGUAUUAAUGAACUAUAUUAUUUGGUGACAUAUUCUUUUGAGAGUGGGUAGAUUAUACAUAAGUAAACUCUGAAGAUUGGUGACUACCUAAAUGUGAUUUUAUUUUUUUUCUGGCUACUUAAAAUAUUCUUAUUACUUACAAGAGCAAAUUAACACAUUGUCUUAAACUGAUCAGGGAUCUAUGUGUAUAUAAGAGUCUGUGUUAAGUCUGUAAAAUUCCGUAGAUUUCAGUUCUUAUAAUGUUAAGAAUAACAAGUGUGAGUGAAAAGGAUAAAAUUGUCCUGUAUAACACCAUUAUUUUUAACCUUUCCUGUUAAUAGAGCUUUAAAAUUCCAUCUUGGGCUUAUAUUACGUACAUAACUGUUAACUUAAAUACUUAACCACUAAUUUUGAAAAAUUGCCCGUGUGAUGCAUAGGAAUCAUUAUAAUUCAGAAUGUAGUCUGGUCUCUAGAAAGUAUUAACAAGAAAGCUUACACAUGAUGUAGUUCAUUCAGCACAAUCUUGGAUGUUACCUUUCUCCCAAACUAAGGCUCUUUCUGACACUCAAUUCUUUUUAAAAUCAGUUCACCUUUGUCUUCUCCAAACAAGAGGCAAUAGUCUACAAGUCUGAAUAUAAUUCUGCAGAGAAUAGUGUUCCUUU